GCCAUCGAGGUCGGGAUACGAGCGCUGCUCUUCGGCGUCUUCGUUUUUACAGAGUUUUUGGAUCCAUUCCAUCGAGUUAUCCAGCCAGAAGAGAUCUGGCUCUAUAAAAAUCCUUUGGUACAGUCAGACAACAUACCUACGCGUCUCAUGUUUGCAAUUUCGUUUCUCACACCGCUGGCAGUCAUUUUUGUGGUAAAAAUAAUCCGGCGGACAGACAAGACUGAAAUUAAGGAGGCAUUCUUAGCUGUUUCCUUGGCUCUAGCUCUGAAUGGAGUCUGUACAAAUACUAUUAAAUUAAUAGUGGGGAGACCGCGUCCCGAUUUCUUUUACCGCUGCUUUCCAGAUGGAGUAAUGAACACUGAAAUGCACUGCACAGGUGAUCCAGAUCUGGUGUCGGAAGGCAGAAAGAGCUUUCCCAGUAUCCACUCUUCCUUUGCAUUUUCAGGGCUUGGCUUUACGACCUUCUACCUAGCUGGAAAGUUGCAUUGCUUCACUGAAAAUGGCCGUGGGAAAAGCUGGCGACUCUGUGCAGCUAUUCUGCCUCUCUACUGUGCCAUGAUGAUUGCCCUGUCACGCAUGUGCGAUUACAAGCAUCAUUGGCAAGAUGCUUUUGUUGGAGGAGUCAUUGGGCUCAUUUUCGCUUAUAUUUGCUACAGACAGCACUACCCACCUUUGGGUAACACAUCUUGUCAUAAACCUUACGUCAGCCUCCUUGUUCAGAACUCAGCGAAGACAGAAGAGAGACCUACAGCAGAUAAUGCUACUGGCCUGCCUCUUGAGGGAAUAACCGAAGGACCAGUAUGACUAAUGAACGGACAGGAUGAACUUUUAGCCCUUCUCACACUCCUCCACACCAGUCUCUUAACAUGAUGUUUCUUAUGGUACAUUUGUUCUUUCUUUUUAAUACUAUAACACCCUUCUACUUUGAAAAGCUCAGCUCUUCUUUCAUACUGUUUUCUUUUUCAGCUGUCCGUUUUCAGUCUAUUGCAAGAUUAAAACAGAAAGUUAAAAGAAGGAAAAUCUCGCGGCAAAGUUAGUUAAAUGAAUAGCUUAGCAAGGAUGUAUUUGAAGAUCCAAUAGACCUGAAAAUAGUUGAUCUUGUGAAACGCUGAGUAUUGCCUGGGAAUUUCUGAUUGCCUUGAACUCUCAUGACUGCAGUGGGUGUUGAGGGCUCUCAGCAUUUUCGAUGAGAUAUCCAGCACCUGUCAUAACCAACUCUUGGUCUGUUUCUUCAUAUAAAUUUGAUAUGUAAGGAAAACAUCCUUAUGUAUAGCUUGUGGUCUUUUCUCAUAAUAAAUCUCCACGUGACAAGAAUAUUUUGUGCUAGUCGUGAAGUUUUGGCAGGGUUCUUCUGAACUGCUAGUGAAACGGUAGUUUAAAAGUAUGAAGUUUGGCACCUGAAAAAGCCAAGCUUAGGCACAUCACUAGUUUCAAAAGGACAGUGCUGACAGCAGAGCUAUCCAAAGCUAUUGAAAUUGUCAGCUUGCAAUAACACAUGUUUAUAGGGUGGAUUAGAAAAUGGAUAUUAAAACAUUUGGAUUUUCCUGUGAGCUCUUGCAGCAAUUUCUUUCAAAAUGAAGUGAAACUUAAUGACACCCAUGACAUCCGACAGGAAAAAAAACGAGAACAAAAACACAUGAUCUAAAACUGUGAAGAUGCAGAAUCGCUAUGUUUUCUGUUAAUCUCGGUGUGCCACAAUUGUCUGUGUCAAAGUCUCUAAUGACACACUGCAGCAAUGGUGAUUUCAAGGAACAUAAGGACUUCGAGUUUGUGACCAUUGGUUUUUCUGUUCAUAAAUGCUUGUGUUAGUUUACAGCACUAUAAAUAUACUUGGUGGAAGUCUGACAAAAAAUGUUCUGUUUGAUAUUUUCUGCAUUUUCAACUCACUUAAGGAGAGUGUUCACAAGGGGCAUUUGUGGCCAGUCCAAAGCCCAUUGAAAUUCAUGGAAUCUUACUAUUCUACUCUUUGUUGGCUUUGGGUCUGGCCACUGGUGGGGAGGAAGUUAGCAUGUGAUGAACAAUAGGUUUAUUAUUUUGAGGUUUGUAUUUCCAUGACUUAUUUGUGUACUAUGCAGUAUCAAAAAUACAUCAUGCUCCAGUGAAAUGAUUUAUCCUCGGAUGGCAGUGUGUUAAAUUCCAGCAUUUCCUUCAGUAGAUGUAUUCUGAAAGAGCAGGUGAAUGUUCUCAAUCACAUCCUAACAGUCAAACCGUUCUUGCCUAGAUUGGCUGGUUAAUACAAUCAAGAUAGCUUUGAUAAACAAUACCCAUUAUGGUGCUUCAGACUGGAGGAGACUGCUGCCAUAGUUACUUUAUACCUAAUGUGUUCCUGUUGGAAUAUGUAUUGGCCUUGUAGGCGUUUUGUGAUUCAAACAAGUUGUGUAUGUCUAUGUAAAGGCUUGUCAUUCCUUUUUGUCAGAAGUAACAACUUUGUAGUUUGGUUUUGGUUUGUUUUUUUUAGAAGUGCCAUUCCCUGAUUGGCAAUGCUUGAAUUUUUAUAGUGAGGGAGAAAUAAAAAAGUUAUGAGCCCAUUUUUAAAAAUAAAUUUAAAAAGCAAUUGGACUCAAGCUUAGUGUACAUAUGAAUGAAAAAUGAAAAGAAACAUAAAGGGGAAAUGAUCUACAACACAACAUAACAGGGGCAAGUCCACUAGGGUUCUACAUUUAAAACUUACGUAGCUGUGCCAGUAAGAUGUAUGAUUUUAUAACUAUGCCAGUAGAGGACCUAGUAUAGGUGCAAGUAUACUAGAAUUACUUUACCUGCACUGGUAUUACUAUGCCAGAUUGCAAAUUAUAAGCACUGUUAUGCUGCUUUAGUUGCAUUUAUAUUAAAAGUUUUGCCAGUAAGUCUGCAAAACCAUCUAAUGCAGGGAAAAAAAAUCCCCCUAAAAAACAACACAAUGUGAUAGUGUGUGAUACUUGCCUUUCUAUAGAGCUUUAAACCAUUCCAAGAAAUUCUGUAACAAGGAUAUAAUUUUCUAUUAAUUCAGAUAGGAUGAUGGAAAGCCUUAGCACAAGGUUUUAAUUUUUAUAAAUGAUAUAGGACUUUUUCCAUUACCUUUGUGUUUCAGUAGGGGAAAAAAUCAUCUUGCAAGUUAUACACAAACGUUUCAAAAACAUUAAAUCAAAAUGGAGUGUGUAUAAUGCAUUCUGCAUGUUUUUAUAAGGACUUGGCUUAUUCUUAAAAAAUGAGUAGGACCUCCAAAAUGCGCGUUAUAAAUUCCCUGUAUUUUAAUGGCUUUUGAUACAGUAAACUAUCUUCCCCUUGUUAAGUUGGGAUGUGAAAGGUUUACACAGUCUUUAGAUGAAUAGCAACUGUUAAAAUGUUGGAGUAUUAAAUGUAAUACAGCAUAAAUACUUACAUUGCAAGAUAAAUGAGUGAAAGGACAUAGCAAAACAUCAAAGAAUAUAGUAUUUUUAAUGGGGAUAUUUCAGUUGAAAGUCAUAAAAUAGACCAUGUACAAGUUUUGAUUAAAUGUAAUUAAAAUUAUGAAAGAUGUAAUGAAGUGAAACUUAUGGAAGGAUCCAUAGGAGUUGUAAUUACUAGUGCAAGUCAGUAUAGGGAAGGCAUUUUUGUGGAUCAGUGUAUUUUAAUUUCAUGCUCUCUUAAUGUGAAGGAAAUGUAAUGUUGUAAUGCACCAAUAAAACUACACAUGAAUGUGGGUUUUUGUA